UAACCUCUGCCUCCCUCUUUGUCCAACCAAAUCAAAACCCUCCCAAAACCACCCAACCCCGCUCCUCCGAUUCCCUUCCCCUUCCUCCACUCCUCGUGAUCCCGCCGGCGCCGUGCUCACCUCAUACUCAGUCGCCCAUGGACAACGAUCGGCCGGGUCAGGGGAGGGGUCGCCGCCGGUUCCGCGGCGUGCGCCAGCGCCCGUGGGGCAGGUACGCGGCGGAGAUCCGCGACCCCACCCUGGGCAAACGCAUCUGGCUCGGCACCUUCGACACCGCCGAGGAGGCCGCCGCCGUCUACGACGCCGCCGCGAUCCGCCUCCGCGGCCGCCGGGCCGUCACCAAAUUCCCUGCCUCCACAUCCUCCUCACCGUCGGUGGCCUCCUCCGCCGUCUCGCCCGCGCCGUCGCCGGCGGGUUCGACGACGAUCCCUCCUAUCCCUCCUCCGGCGCAAUCAUCCUCUCAGGCGGAGACCUCCUCGGCCUCUCCUCCGUCCACCCAAUCGUCGUCGGUGGUCGAUGCAGAUGAGGAGGUGACGGGGAUGCGGUGGUUCGAGGACGAGCCCUUCGAAUUGUUGGAGUUCUGCCUGCCGCGGGCGCCGACGGCGAGACAGUGGGAGUUCGGCGAGCUCGGCGAUCUCGACGACCUAUUCUCGCCGGAGCCAGAAAAUUUUCGUCUUUAGUUUGGUCAGUCGAUAGCUUUGCUACUUGAAAUCGUGUAAAAAAAAUUGUUUCGUUUUUGUU